UAUGACAAGCCGGAAACCCCUCGGAUCCGCACGCAUGCGUACUGAGACUUCCCACAAGUACCCUUGCUUCCCCGCACUUUGACUGGGAACCCCCCUCUGCAGCUCAGUUGUAGCUAUAAAACCCCUCAAUGGAGCUUCAUGUUGUAGGAAUGGAAAGAGACGUUGUUUUGUCUGUUUGUAAAUUACAUCUUUGGCUUCCAUAAAAAUUAAAAGAAGAACGUGGUUGUUUGGGUCGCGGGCGAUUGGAACUCGACAGGAACGCACGUUAGAACAGACGACUGACGUUGGAACAUCAUCCUAGUGAAGCAUCAGAGCCGGAAGCAUUCGAAGAACAUAAAUUCACCACCAUGGCCAGCCCAGCAAGCGCAAAACGCGACUCCAUGGACGCAACAGCAAGCAGUCUUGAGACGAAAAUGAAAGCUGCUUCCCUUGAACAAUCGACGCGCAAGCGACCAUUGGGUCUCACGGACCUUCCACCCUCUGUCCGCAACAACAUCUACAGAUACUGUUUAGACACUGAGAUGGUCAAUCUGGGCGAGCCGAACGUAUCCUAUACACACAAGAUGGGUGACGGCGUGCUCAAAUUCUCAGCCUCGCGGAAGCCCUUCCCAAUCAAUAGCAGUCUCUUCCACGUGAAUAAAGAGUUCAGUAAAGACGCUCUGCGCUACUUUUACGAGAAGAAUCUAUGGGUAAGACUAGAUAUCUACACGGCGGAUGCACGGCACGCAAAGACUUUGCUGGAAGACUCUGGUCUGCUGUUUUCCACUGCUUCACCAGAUGCUGUCGAAAAAGCAACUCAGCAUGCCCUCGAGGUGGUGCUGGUAGAAAAGAACUCUGCACAGAAACGCGCAAGCGUCAUGUUUCCAGCGCAGUACCUACCUCGUCUGAUCAACUUUUUCGAUCAAGCAAGUCGCGCAACAGCAAGCUGGGCACCUAUGCACACUCUCUUCUUGACCGUGAUGAAUACAUACGACUUCCCCAUUUCACAACUCCAAGGCGACUUGCUCGAGCCAUUCAGACUGCUCUCCAACUUCGGAGGCGUCACAGUCGACAGCAAGAACCUCCUACCGCGAUACUCAGAAGGACUGCAAAGCAUGAUGACGGAAAAGAGCUUCACAGCCGAAUCUUAUCUCGCCCGGGUAACCGAACUAGCAGAUCGCUCCGACUCUGCGCGCGAAAAAGAAGAGUACCCUCUCGCAAACGAUUACGCAAACGCCGUCAUCAUAGCCCUAACAUACGGCUACCUAACUCACCCUGAAAUCCUCCAUUCACAAGACGAAUCCUUCAGCAAAACUAUCCAGCGCCUCCGCUGGCGCACAGAACUCGGGUUGGGCAUUUCCCUCUCCAUCCCCCUACGUAGCCUAACCUCUACAAAACACUGGAUGCAUACCCCAAACCCCACACCUGAAAUCAAGAAAGCAGCAAGAGAUUUACUGUUAGCUGAGACAUCAGUCUCCAAAGCCCUAAGUCUAGUUAUGGACUCCCCCUCUCCAGCAUCAAACCCUUGGUUCCACUCGCUCCCGAUUGAACUUAUCCCAAACAAUAAGCCUACUUUCUUCUCUGAGCGGGAAAAGGCACAGACGUGGUAUGCACUGGGUACCGUGCACAUGGCAUUGGGGGAAAACAUCUUUGCAUGCGGGGACAUGGAGCGCGCAUUAGAGCUUUGGGGGAAGGAGAGUGGGGUUGAUGAGGAAGAUGGGUUGAGGGGCAGGAUCGAGGAGGCGUUUGAGAGAUCGAGGAAGGGGAUUGAUGGGGAUGCAGAGAGUAUGUGGGUUGGGGAGAUUAGGCCGGGGACGGGGUUAAAGAGGGCGGCAAGGUUGGCGAGGGGGUUGUAGUUGGUUCUUUCGUAUCGAUACGUAAUCUUUCUGGAGAGAGAGGAUUAAUGGACUUGGAGACACAUCAAGGAUACAUAUCUUCGAGUAGCAUCAAUAAGAAAAAAAGGUGAAAGUUUUUCCUUGUGA